AGGAAGGAAGGAAGGCUCGACAAUUCAUUCGUAAAAAGCAACACAUCUCUCCAUUCUGCCCAUAGAAAAGUACAUUUCAAACACUAAGCGCGUUAAAUGUUGACAGCUUUAUGGCAGCAAAGAGAUAAAUGGCCGAUAAAAGAGCCUAAAGGCCACAUUUAGAGACGACAUUUGGUUUUGAUUGAGAAAUAGUAACUAAAUGGAUACUUCAUUUUUUUGUUUUUGUUUUUGUUUUUGUUUUCUCCACACCGAGCUCAUUAAGAGUUUGCGAGAGGCAAUUAUUAUUUUUUGUGCUGCUCGAUGUUCGUGUUGUUGUUAUCAGAUGGAUGAGCGCGUUUGAUUGAAGCGUUUGUCAUGCAAAAUGCGAGCCGCGUGACGGACGAGCGGAGCCGGCCUCGCCAUUGGCCGGCCGCGGGUCACGUGGCGUGCCAGCAAGGCGAUAUGAGGGGCGGUGGGCACUUUUUACAGCUUUGACAUACUACCUCCGGGGUGAAGGCGAUUAAUGACUCAUCCGGCGUGACCCUGCGACGCAACGCGAUGAACUCCUACCUCGACUACCCAAUCUGCACCCGCGGGCCGAACCUUUUCAACCUCAACCACGAUGCGUGCGCCACCGCGGACCGCUACGGUCAGGAGGGCCGCUUGGUCGCGCCGCGCCACAACCACCAGAACCUUCCCUUGCACCACCACCACCACCACCACCACCACCACCACCAGACGCACGUCGACCUGGACCUGCAGUACGCACCGCCGGGAAACUCGGUGUACGGGACCCACGCGGAGUACGAACACCACCAGUACGGCCUGUCCUCGGAGCAGGACCGGGGCUACAUGCACGCGCACGCGCACGUCUCGCCUUUUACCGGGGACAGCUGCAGCGGCCCCGCCGGCGCACAGUACGCGCAUUACGGUGGCGCGGAGCAGAGGCAAGCGGAGUGUCCUCCAGAGACUCUUUACACGUGCGGCGCGACCCACAACGAGGACGUGGAUCACGCGGAGGAAACUUCCAGAACUUUCGACUGGAUGAAAGUGAAGAGGAAUCCUCCCAAAACAGCGGUUCUGUCCGAGUUCGGCGUCCCCGGGCAGCACAACGUGAUCCGCACCAACUUCACCACCAAGCAGCUGACCGAGCUGGAGAAGGAGUUCCACUUCAACAAGUACCUGACGCGGGCGCGCAGGGUGGAGGUGGCCGCCAGCCUGGAGCUCAACGAGACGCAGGUGAAGAUCUGGUUCCAGAACCGGCGCAUGAAACAGAAGAAGCGCGACAAGCUGGGCUGCGCGCUGGGCUGCAGCGGGCCGGCGGAGAAGCUCUCGGGCCCUGACGCCCCCCCGCCCCCCACCCAAGGACAGGGCAGCACAGAACUCAAUUCGUGAACUCAAUUGACGUCGUUCCCCCUCAGAGGCAGCAUUCCAAAAUAGGGAGACAAAAAACAUCAAAUGCACGUCAACUCGCGGGAUUUCAGGGUAUACAAAUAACUGCUAAAUGUGCUUUUGUUAUUUACUGCUUUUAAAAAAAAUGUAUCGUGUUUGUGUCCAAGCACUGAGCCGUUCAGUGUCACUGUUUGCACUAUUUAUUUGACAGGGUAUUUUACAACAAUUGUC